AUGGAUCAAUACAAGACAAAAGAGGAUGUACUCAAAAUGGGUAUCAUCGACCCAGAGCUUGAAGAAGUCCUUAAACAUGCUCCACCUCCCAAGUUCGACUUUUCGCUACCAGUUGAGCAAUUGCGGGGAAUGGUUGACGCCAUGGAGAACAAGCUAUAUGAGACUUGCCCAACAUUCGAUACGCAGGAAUCUGUGAUGAAUAUCCCAAUGCGCGACGGACACCAAAGCGAACUGAACAUCAUAAAGCCGCUCAACUCGUCUUCGGUCAAUCCAGUGGUGGUACUCAUAUUCGGUGGAGGUUUCGUGAUGGGAUCCAACACUCAGUGCAUCAACUGGGCCCGCGCGAUCGCACACUUAUACAAAGCUACGGUUGUUCAACUCUCCUAUCGUCUGGCGCCGGAGCACAAAUUCCCAUUUGCCCCGAACGAUGUAUGGGACACUGUUAAAUGGAUAGCUGUCAACCCAUCAGCUCUCGAUGCAGACCUUUCCAAGGGGUUUGUGAUUGGUGGCGGAUCGGCUGGUGGUAAUCUCUCCAUCGUCACUGCUCAUCAUGCAGCAAGAGAAAAGCUUUCUCCACCGAUCACCGGAGUUUUGACCAGUGUCCCAGUGUGCACCAGUGAAGAGACACUGCCGGCGAAAUACAAAGCGAUGUGGUUAUCUCGAGAACAAAAUGCGAAUGCUCCUGGAAAUCCAGGUCUUGACUCAAAGUCUAUUGGAGGGUACGAGGCUCUUUACCAGCAAGACUUUCUGUCUGAGCAUUUCACGCCCUUCACCACACCACUUCCAUGGUUUGACUUGGCUCUUCCUCGAACGUAUGUUCAGAUCGCCGGGUUGGACAUUCUUCGCGAUGAUGGUCUGGUUUAUGCAAAGGCCCUAGAAGAAAGCGGGGUCGAGGUCAAGCUUGAUGUUUAUCCUGGUAUGCCGCACGGCCAUUUCAAUAUCUGGCCUCACUUGAAGCAGUCAAUCAAGUCUCAGGAGGAUACUGUCUGGCAUAUUGGAUGGCUUCUGCGCCAGGAACUACCCAGGGAGAGAGUGAACGAACUAGUAGCUAGAAUGAUAUAG